AGCGCGUAUUUCACAAUCUCCUUCUUUCUUCAUCUUCUUCUCCUUCUCUUUCAUGGAGCCUACCUUCUCUACUUCCUCUUCCUUUCUUCUUCCAAUCACCCUCAUCUUAUUUUAAUUUUCACUUUCUCUCUCAUCCUUUUACAAUCCAACUCUUCCGCAAAAAGUCUGCGCUCAAAUUUCUUGCAUUUUUUAAUCUCCACAUCUUAUUUUCUAGUUUCAAUGGAGGAUGAAAACGAAACGCAGUUGUUGAACAAAUUAAUCGAAAGAAUCAAUCAAAUUUCUUCAAUUUCAGAUUAUCGUCCUCCUGUUAAGAAGCAGUACUGUAAUUUAGCUCGGAGAUUGAAGCUGUUAACCCCAAUGUUCGAGGAAUUGAAGGAGACUCUUGUUCCGCUAGCUAACGACGUUUUUUAUAAUCUCGGCGCUUUUCAUGAUUCUCUUAUUCUAGCUCUCGAUUUGCUCCGAUUUGGUUCUAUUGGAAGCAAAAUUUAUCUGGCCCUUGAGAGAGAGCAGAUUAUGGCGAAGUUUUAUGAAGUGACCUCUAAUUUGGAGGAAGCUCUGGAUGGAAUAGCCUUCGAGAAACUUGACAUUUCUGACGAAGUUAAGGAACAGGUUGAGCUCGUUGCUUCUCAGUUUAGAAGAGCCAAGGAAAGAGUUGAUCCACCUGAUGCAGAGCUCUAUGACGACCUCUUAUCUGUAUACAGCACCAGCACCGAUACAGCUGCGGAUACUGCCAUACUGAAAAGAGUCUCUGAAAAGCUGCAGCUGAUGAAAAUUGAUGAUCUAACACAAGAGUCUGUGACUCUCACUGAAAUGGUUUCUGCACCUGAUGGAGAUCCUGACGAGAGAAUAGAGAAGAUGUGCAAUCUACUAAAGAAAAUCAAGGAUUUUGUUCAGACAGAAAACCCUGACUUGGGAUCUGCUGCGGGAGAGAAGAAUCUCUCAUCAAGUUGUAGUGGACAAACAUCUGCUGAUGGGAGUCCUAAGUCUAUUGUUAUACCAGAUGAUUUUCGUUGCCCAAUUUCAUUGGAGCUGAUGAAAGAUCCGGUUAUUGUUUCUACUGGGCAGACCUAUGAACGUGCGUGCAUUGAGAAAUGGAUAGGGGCAGGUCAUAACACAUGUCCAAAAACGCAGCAAUCGCUCCAAAACUCUUCUCUCACCCCCAACUAUGUGUUGCGAAGCCUUAUAGCCCAGUGGUGUGAAGCAAACGGGGUUGAACUUCCCAAGAGGCCAGGCACUGCUAACCCCACCAAAACUGCAUCUGCUUGCUCAGCUGCAGAACGUUCUAAGAUUGAUGAACUCCUCCGCAAGCUCCACUCAGGCAACCCUGAUGAUCAGCGUUCUGCAGCUGGUGAAAUUCGGCUUCUCGCAAAGCGAAAUGCUGAUAAUCGUGUAGCUAUUGCUGAAGCGGGGGCAAUCCCACUUCUUGUGGACCUGCUAUCAACACUGGAUUCACGCACUCAAGAGCAUGCUGUGACUGCUCUUCUUAACCUCUCAAUCUGCGAUGAUAACAAAGGGAGCAUCAUAAACUCAGGGGCUGUGCCUGGCAUAGUUCACGUACUGAAGAAAGGUAGCAUGGAAGGAAGGGAAAAUGCAGCUGCUACCCUUUUUAGUCUCUCAGUUGUGGAUGAAAAUAAGGUUACAAUUGGUGCUUCAGGUGCUAUACCUCCUCUUGUCAUGUUGCUGAGUGAGGGUACUCAAAGAGGGAAGAAAGACGCUGCCACUGCACUUUUCAACCUAUGCAUAUACCAAGGAAACAAAGGCAAGGCAGUUAGAGCUGGAAUUGUGCCGACAUUAAUGAGGCUAUUGACAGAGCCUGGAACUGGCAUGUUGGAUGAGGCACUGGCUAUUCUGGCUAUACUAUCUAGCCAUCCCGAAGGUAAAGCAACCAUUGGAUCAGCAGAUGCAUUACCGGUUUUGGUAGACGUGAUUACGAAUGGAUCACCGAGGAACAAAGAAAAUGCUGCCGCAGUUUUAGUACAUCUUUGUUCAGGGGAUCAAAAUUAUCUAGUAGCAGCACAGGAGCUUGGAAUAAUGAGUCCGCUCCUCGAGAUGACACAGAGUGGCACCGAGAGAGGGAAGAGAAAAGCACAGCAAUUACUGGACAGAAUGAGUCGGUUACUUGAGCAGCAAAAACAGGCCCAGGCGCAAGCUGAGGCUCAAGGAGUUGCACCUCCAAAUGCUGCUGAGGACUAACAGGUCUUUUAUUUCUUGAUUUUGUAAUCCUUUUUAAAAUAUAUAUAUCAUUUAUUUUUUAUUCUAAUCAAAGGGAAGGAGGGUGAGAAAACUGGGAGGGCCUUUUAUUGAGCUACAGGAAAUUCAUUGUUAUUGGCAUUCGGGUGUAAUUUUUUUCAUUUUGGGAUGGGGCUGAGGAGAGGUUCUUUGAUAUCUUCAUAGGAAGCACAAAAGACAUACAUGAUACAUGAAAAGAAAGAAUCGACAUGCCAUUCGAUGUGUCUGUUGAAUUGUAGCAAUUGUAAAAUCUGUAUCAACACUAAUUAUCCUCAAUUUUUAUGGAAGGGUACAUUCUUUUGCGCUUUGCUUCUA